GCUCUGCUGAAACUGGAUGAAGAAGAAUGGAUAUGGGUAACCAACAUCCCUCCAUUAAGCGGUUACAAGAAAUACAGAAGGAAAUCAAAGAGUUUGAACCACAAGUAGCAGCCUUCAGUGGUUUGUCUGGUGACAGAGCUUACAAGAAACUAGAGAGGACUUUGACUAAGCAACUUUUUGAAAUAGAUUCAGUGGACACAGAAGGCCGAGGGGAUGUUCAGCAAGCCAGAAAGCGAGCUGCCCAGGAAAUUGAGAGGCUGCUUAGAGAGCUGGAGCAGAAUGCGAAUCACCCCCAGAGGCUGGAGUUAGAGUCCAUAUUUAAGGAAGCACAAGCACUGGUGGAGCACGAAAUCACAGGUUUUUACAAAGGAGGCAAUUGCAUCACUGAGGAAUUUGAUGAGGGUAUUCAGGAUAUCAUCUUUAGGCUCACUCAGGUGAAAACUGGAGGGAAACCCUCCCUACGGAAAGCCAGGUACCGCACGCUGACCAAAGUCUGUGCCGUUCAAGAGAUCAUAGAUAACUGUGCGAAGCAGCAGCCUUCUUUGCCGCUGUCCGCUGACGCACAUCCUUCUGUCGCUAAGAUUAACUCUGUCUUGUGUGAUGUCAACAAAGCGAGGGGGACUCUGAUUGCUGUUCUGAUGGGAGUGAACAGCAAUGAGACCUGCAGGCAUCUGUCUUGCGUGCUGACAGGCCUGAUCGCUGAUCUAGAUGCCUUAGACGUCUGCGGCCACCCGGAAAUAAGGAACUAUCGCAAAGAAGUUGUGGAAGAGAUCAACAAGCUGCAAAGAUACCUAGAUCUGGACGAAGAAGCCGAUUCCACUUACGCCUACGACCUGGCGCAAAACAGGUGCAUCAUAAAGAUCGAGGAGAUCCGCAAGAAGAUGAAAGAGGUAUAUUCUUCAUUUUUGAAAGGAGAGAGAGCCGCAGACUUGUAUUUGAAGUCGAAGACGGAGCUGCAGGGGCUGAUCGCCCAACUGGAUGAACUGAGCCCAGGCAAAAACCCCUGCAUCCGGGAAGCCAGGAGGCGAGCGGUGAUCGAAGUGCAGACCCUCAUCACGUAUGUCGACCUGAAGGAAGCGCUCGUCCGGCGUCAGGUGUUUGUGCAGGACACGGAAGUAGAGCCUCCAUCGCACAGAGCAGUUUGGAACAUUCUCGAGACCCUCUCCCAGAUACUCCAGGAGGUGCUGUCCUUCGACGGGAACAGGACGGACAAGAACUACAUGAGGCUGGAGGAGCUGCUCACGAAACAGCUCCUGGCCCUCGACGCUAUAGACCCACAAGGAGACGAGCGCUCCAAAGCGGCCAGGAAACAGGCGGUGAAGCUGGCGCAAAAUAUUCUAUACUACCUGGACAUGAAAACGGAUGAGUGGGAGUACUAAAUUGGCUGAGAUCUUGUGCUAGACGCUGCCGCUUUUUUUUUUGCACAUGCCAGUUGAUCUCCCGACAAAAUCCAAAGUUAUGUGGUUUGCUUUUGUCCUUGUGGCUGAGGAAGUGUCGGAUUGGGCUACGCGGCAGCCGUGUCCCUUGCUGUCCCAAGCUAGGCAACGACAGCAGUCCGCAUGCUAUUUGUGUUAUGAUUUUGGUCACAGCUGACUCUCUGUAUCUCCCCUGGGAUCUCUAGCUCUCAUCUUCUGUCAUGAAGAGCGGCCACACUUGCCCUGCUCUGGUAGCUAGCCAAAACCAGCCCUUCCGUACAGUGAGAGAACGCAGCUUGUCAGAAGUGUUUUCUUACCUUUCACUCAAGGUGACAGAGAAGAUAACCAGGAGGUAAAUUUGUUAGCUGUAAGCCAGCGUAGACCUUGCUGUUGGUUUGACAGAACGUGGGGGAGGCUUCAGAUGCACUGUCGCGAUCCAAAGGAUUAAAUGCAAAUUACUCAUGGUUCAUUAUCCCCCUCCCCUCUAUGUGUUUUGGUUUAAUCUUGCUCAUCUCUCACCUGAGGGUUUAGAGGUUUUCUAAAGAGCUGUAGGACUGCAUGGUACAAACAGUGGUGCGGGGAGAUAAGUUGCAGCUCGCCUGCAUACCUCGUACCCUGAAGUAGUCCACCAGGGUAGUUCAGGGUUUGUGCUUAAUGUUAAUUUCAGGUUGGCCGUUCAGAAAGGAGUCCUCCUUUAUAACACAGGAAUGAAGGAGCUGCUGUACUUCAAAAAUGGACUAUCAUAGCUUAGAAUGGGAGGGGGAAGUUGUUACUGUUGAAGGGUUGUGUUGAAUUCUUCAGUGGCUGAGAGCCUCCAAAAAUGAAGAUAGUGUGCACAAAGUCAUUGUGGCUAAAGCUUUUUUUUUUCUUAAAGCUUAUUUAAAAGUGAAACAUCUUCUACAACAUAAUACAUACAGGUAGAUGUUAAGGGGUUUUAAAAAAAAAUGAGCAGGAAAGGUUACAGAAAAGACACUAAUGGUGAAGCGUUCAGUAAACUGGCCUAGACAAAGACUGAAUCCGUAAUUCUGACAAGAGAUUUGCCAGGCAGAUACAAGGCAAGAGAAUUUUUAGUGCCAGUGUUCUGAACGAGCUCUUUGCUGGGCAACCUCAAAGAAAAAUGAACAGAGGGCACACUUUUCUUCCAGCAGAAGAAAGUGAGGCAUGGGAACAGUGCAAGUAACUGAACAAGGUUAGUCUCUCCGCGUCAGAGGCCAACAGAACUCUGGCUUCUUGCAUCUUCUCCACUUUUUGCCUGAAAUUGACCUCAGUUGCUUCCUAAUAUGGGAAUGAAUUUAUUCUGAAAAAUAAAACCCAAAAGGUAACAUUCUUCUGAUCUAUACUAUCGUUGAAGAAUAAGUAGUAAUCCGAUGUAUGGGAGACACUUAACAAAAAAAAGCAGCAUAAGGAUAGCAGCUGGAGUUAUAGAUGUGCCAUCAACUUAUGUAUCACUUAAAAAGGCACUUGUUUACUAAAGAGAGUCAUGUUUUGUCUAAUUGUAUGUUAAUACGCAGAUACAAACACAAUAUCUGAAUGCAGCUGUGUUGUUAAUCCUCUAGAAACCAAUUCUCCUUCCAUAUUAAAUUGACUAUCAAACAAGCUUUUUAAAACAAUUUAUGUCUAUGUCGUGCAGAUUUCUGCAGGCCACUAACAACGCAUUCUGCAAAACUAAGCUGGAUGGUGGUUUCUGCUUUCCUGAACCUGUUAAGUAAGAAGGAAACAGAGAAAUUCAACUGAACUCCAGUGUAUUCUAUUCACCUGGAUGGGAACAAUUAAUAAGCUGCAGGGCUCUAUUAAAAGAAGAGAAGGGGAGGGUGGAAAAUAACACAAGUUUCUUUGCCCACUAUGCAAUGGUACAUGUGACCUACUUGAGGGUGGUAACACAACAGACAGCAAUGCUUCAAUGAAAAGAGAAGCAUUUGCUGUCUGGGCUCCUUGAAAGAUCAAGAACUGCUGAGGGAAUAGUGGAUUCAGCACAUCUUGAUGCACAAAAAGCAGCACAUAUAGCCUCCAUACAUCUUCAAGGGAAUGUUCAAAGGAACUUUUAAACUGAAAAAGGACUUGGAGCCUUGGAGCAACACUGCGAGACCUUUACCCAACACCAAUGAGUCUGGAUUAAGUUAGGGUGUGGAAGCACUUUCAUGAGUUUCCACUGUCAGAAACGGUUAUCUGCUCCAGGUGGGUAGGUGGGGAAUACUGCCAAAAGGACAAGGUACCAAACAGCAAGUGAUUUCACAGGCCAAAAAAACACACAAAAAACAAUAACUCUACAGCCAACAGAAUAUGGACCAUAUGCAGUUUUUGUGUAACUUGGACUCCCCUGUUGGUUUAAUUUCUAGAGCAGUGUGCUGUGUGUUUCCCUCCAUCCUUGCAUACUGUGUCCUUUUGACUUCAUAUUCAGCAGGGAAGCUCUUGUUCAGAGAGUUCCCUGUGUAGAUGCCAGCUUUUGCAUUGCAUCAGAAAUCCCUAGAUCUGUUUGGUGUGUGUGAGAGAAUGACACUAAUAUAAAGCCAGCGUUUCAGUAACACUUCUCCCCAGCAGUUUCAUCUUUCUGUUUUCAUAUAAACCCCUGCAAAAAUGUUCAUCUAUUCUACUUGUCAAAGAAAGGUUGCCAUUUCUAGAGCAGUUAUUUCAGAAGUUUGUUUCUCAACCUUCCAUGUCUGUUAGAGCUACACAUUUAACAGGGCAAACAUAUAAGGGUGGUGUGCUAAGUGCUGUUGCUAUAACUUUUUCAAAAAAAUAUUCUGCUCAUAAGAAUAAAUGUUCAAUGCUUAAAAUUUGUCCUGAGAUCCUUGGUACAGUUUCAAGUCAAUGCAUGAAUGAAAAUGCUAAAGUCAAUUAAAUAAGCUAAACCAGAAAAAAAAUAAAAAAGGAUCUGGUAUGUGGAUUUGAAGAAAUCCUUGUUUUGUGUGUGUGUGUGUUUUUUUAAAAAGAAUGUAUUUUUCUAUUUAAUAUGCAAAUAGGCCAGGACACAUAGUCCUCUCUAGCUUUCCAUUGCAGUAGGCUGAAAACAUUUUUUGCUGUUGAUUUACUCAACGCUGGACCAUUUCAGAGUCUGCAUUUUGUCCAAAGUGGGGUUUUUCCCCUUUUGUGCAGUGUCAAGGCAAUGUAAGAAGAGAAAUAAAAUGGAUGUAACUUUGCUGAAUCUUGAGCAUCAUGAUAUUCAUGGGUGGUUUUUUUUCCUGAUUAUGAUUGUAUUGCUUUAGGAGCAGGGUUGAUCCAAAGCAGCAGCCUUGUUCUGAUACUCUUGCCAGCAACCGUGAUAAAAUGUUCUCUCCUCUGAUCUGUCUGGUUUAACUGUCCUGUGAUCUGCAAACCAUCAAAGAGAGGCUCUCCCCACCCCCUGCACUUAAGUGCCAGCGCUCAAAAGCGGUAGAGAUUGUGCUGUUUAUGUUUUGUUGAAUUUUGAUGGAAAUGAAUCUUCCUUUUCAGAAUGUGUGUCGACUUAAAUUUUGUGUAUGCCGUUGGCUUGGUGUAUACAACUUCAAAGUGAAGUGUUUAAUAAAGCGUUUUCAUGCUUUCUUCUUGAUAAUUUAA